AUGGUCAACCUCAAGAACAUCGCCCUGGCAGUGACCCUCUUUCUGGGAUGCGGUCUUGCUGUUCCUGCCCCAGCUGCCCCAGCUGCUGAACCUGGGGAUAUUAUCCCAGGCAGUUACAUUAUCACCCUCAAGCCCGAGAUUGAUGCCGUUAUGGCCAAGACUCAUCUGAAGUGGGUCGACGGCGUGCACAAGCGAAGCUUGACAAAACGUGAAGAGCUUGGUGUUGAAAAGACUUAUGAUAGCAAGUCUGGCUUUCAAGGUUACGCGGGAACGUUUGAUAGUACAACGAUCAAGUUGAUCAAGCAGAGUCCCGAGGUUCUCGCAAUUGAACCGAACCGCGUUUGGAAGAUCUCUCGCGUCAACAAAGAUCACAAUCUCCAAAAGAGAGCUGAAGUCACACAGAAAAAGUCCACUUGGAACCUUGGCACCAUCUCACACCGUAAGAAGGGCUUCAAGGAGUACAUCUAUGACAACUAUGCUGGCACGGACAUGUACGCCUACGUCAUUGACGGUGGAGUUCGUGUCUCUCACAAUGAAUUCGGUGGACGGGCCAAAGCCGCUUGGACCAACUGGAAGGGUGACAACAAGGAUACGGAUGGUCACGGUACCCAUGUCGCUGGAGUCAUUGCCGGGAAGACAUACGGCGUCGCUAAGAAGGCAAACAUCCUUGCUCUCAAGGUCUUCAAGGGCGAAGAGAGUGAUACUUCCAUUGUCCUUGACGCGUUUAAUUGGGCGGUCAACGAUAUCAUCAAGAGGGAUCGCACAUGGAGGGCUGUUAUCAACAUGUCUCUUGGAGGUGAAAAGUCUGUUGCGUUCAACAGGGCUGUUGAUAAUGCAUCCAAGAAGGGUGUCGUUACUGUCGUCGCUUCUGGAAAUGAUGCAAUCGACGCGGCCAAGGAAUCGCCAGGCUCUGCAGCUACAACCAUUACAGUCGGUGCUAUUGACGAGAACUGGGCUGUCGCCGACUUUUCCAACUAUGGAAAGACGGUUGACAUCAUGGCCCCAGGCGUGGGUAUUCUCUCUUCUGGCUGGAAGUCUGACACGCAUACCUUCACAGAGGAUGGAACGUCAAUGGCGGCUCCUCAUGUUGCUGGUUUGGUUCUUAAAGAAGUGUGGCUUAGGGUGUUCUUAUGCGUUUACUAG